UUGCGGCGAAGGGAGUCCCAAUGUCGAGUGUGAUAUAUGACUCUUUUCGAGCUUUACACGUGAAGAAAGAUGGGACUUACACCGAUAAGAAGUCUGAAAGAAUCGAUGUGGAGGUACAAGAAAUUGCUGCAGAGAUGGGCCAAUCUCAUCCCGAUACGCCCGUGGAUAUGAACAAGAUUUAUCUAGAUGUCUUGGGAGGCGGUUUAGAUAAAAAGCAAAGAUUGUUGGGCACAGAUAGCCUCGCAUCGACCUUGAAGACCGGUAUAUCGGGAGAGAGUAGUACUUCAGCUGUGUCCGACAUCGACAAAGAGCAGUAUGCCACUCGCCUAGGAGAUGUAGCUUCAAGCGGAGCGAGAAAGAACAUCUCAAUUAGAGGAACAAGUCAAAGUUGCAAUGGAGAUUAUCAUGUAGUUGCAAGGGCAAUCAAGUAGCGUCACUAGCCAUCCAAAUCCACCAUCACAUGUUCCAUGAUCAUACAUGUGUUUUGAUUUUGAU